GUAAAAUCAAACAAAGGGAAUGUCGUUUAAGAUUCCGCGAGUCGGUAUCCAACGCAAGUUAUUUGAUUCUAAUUUAGAUGGCGUUCAAAACAAUCAGAGUUCACAGGAUAUAAGUUUUAGUGUUCAAAAUAAUAGCAACAUCCAACAAUGUAAAGAUGAAUUCGAAGACCAGUCGAGUCAAAGUUAUUCAGAAUAUAACUCAUCCUUCUGGACUUCGCUUCGUAAUAUUUGGAAACACUCUGAUCGUGAAGAUACAUGCUUGAUUAUAGACAAAGACGAUGAACAUAAUGAUGAAUUAAAACUAAGCAAUUUGCUAAGCGACAUAACCGACACCACGGAUUACUUAAUGAACAAGAUAAGUAUGUCACAAAAAAUAAUUGAAUUUGCGAACCUAAACGGCAACUCACUUAAAACUACUUCAGAAUCAGUAAAAAAUCUAUCUUUUGGAAAGAACAUUAUUAUCGAUAAACAAAAUUAUUUAAACGCGUUUUCGGAAAAAGUGAAAGAGUUUCCUCUUUCUAUGGCUGAACGUUUAGAUAGGAUCUUUUUGGAAGUUGAAAAUUCUAUGGCUGAUGAAUCAAGCAACUUUGAUCGUUUACCUGCAUCAUCUCGCAACGAUUUAGAACACGCUGUUGUGACUCUAAGGAAUGAACUCAAGUCUUUACAGAAAAGAAGCAAUAGAGAUGAAUUCAUGUCGUAUGGAAAUAUACUGCACAGUAAUGGAGUCCCAACACAAAAUAAGAAACAGCCAGCACAUGGACUUAAUAAGUACAUGUUGUCUAGUACAGGAUCAGAACUCUCUAUUCACAUGAAGUUUCGAACACCUCUUUCGAUUGCUGCGAGAAAACCUAAUAUCCGGUCUGUACCAAGGUUGAUAAAUAAUUUACGGUAUGUUUAAAAUUUAUUGGUAGUUUAAGAAAGGUAAGAGAUAAACGCAAAAAGCGGGUGUUUUCAGACCAUCCAGUUUGAUAUUUGAUUUUUAAGUGAUUGUUUAUAUACAC